UACUGAUUGUCGUCUAUUUGUUCUUCCUGAUUUUUAUUUUUGUGCUUCCUUUUGUCUGAGCGCUUUUUUUUGCCUUUCUUUAUCUGCCUUGCCUUUCUUUGAGAGCCUUUCGGCGCUCACUAGAAUUCCUUCUGUCAAUAUGCGCUCCAAUACCAAGUUGAUACUGACCCUUAUCAACCGUAUCGCUCGCCAGCUUCCUAAUCACAGUGGACGAUCUUUGGAGAAUCUCGAGCAAGAUCCUAUUGUGCAACAAACGGGUAUCUCUCAACUAGACAUCAACCAAAAAAAAAAUAAGGGUCUUAAAAAUAAUAUACUGAUCUAAACAAACCAUGCAAUUUUUAGUGGCGGCUAUUAUUGAACUUUC